CUCUACCUCUACCUCCACCUCUCCCUCUCCCUCUCACAUCACGUCUCGAACCAUGAGUUCAAGUUCGGAUCAACCGUCAUCCUCAUCAUCUUCACCACCACCGUCAAAGUCGCAGCCCCUCGCGCUCCCUUCCACGAGCGACGCCAGGGACAAUGGCAGCAACACGACGACAAUCAACAGCGGCACCACCGUCAGCAUGGACGCCAUGGGUCCGGUGGUAGUCAACGUGGACGGAACCAUGUCCAGGAUCAACAACUGGGGGGAAAUGAGCGAAAUUGAGAAACAAAACACUCUGCGCAUCCUCGGCAAGCGCAAUCGAGAACGCCGAGCAGCCUUACUCGCCAAGGAGAAGGCGGAGACUGGGGGCCAAGAAUCGCGAGGACUCGGGAGCACGCGAAAAUCACCAGGCAUAGACGUGACAAUAAAAGGCUGGACUCUGUGCAGUGUGGGGUGAGCUGGGUGAGCUGGAUGGGAUGAACUGGUUAGCUCAUAUUUUGGCAUUUCUGCAUGCACUGCACAGCGUACCUUAUACCCGAGUGUAAAAUGGCAUGCACCUUGGAAUUAUUUGAUGGUAUUGGCCAAU